AUGGAAUCAAGAGUAAUACCAACGCCGAGGGAGCAUGCUCACACUAUCUACCCCCAUGGCCAUACUCGCCGGGUGCCCCAUGAGGCAGCUUGCACUAUAUGUGAGCUUCCAGGGGCCUUGAUAGGCUCCUGUGGCAACUCAAUAUGCCCCUCUGGAGGCGGAAAUGUGGAUGAAGCUGCAGCUGACCAUCUGGCAACCCGCGUAAGGUUUGCGUCAGGCGAGGUUGCUUCGGAGACUCCUAUGAGCAUGCACGGUGCACCUACAGAAGUUCCCGGUAGUAAUGCAUCCAAGCAACCACAAAUGCAGUUGGAGGUGCAUGAGUCACCCGUUAGGGGCCCAGAUCAAGACGCGCAGCCAGCGGCCUCCGGAGCGCAGAGCCCCAUACACGUGACCUUUUUAUUCUCUCCGGAACAGAGUUCACGAGAGCCUUCUGGCGUGUAUGAGGCUUCAGAGCCGCUUGUACAGCCGGCGGCGCAAGCUGUCCAGACAGAGGCUCCAAAAGAUAGUGGUCACCAAACUGUACCUCAGCCGGUAGCCUGUCCUAUGCCCUAUUGGGCCGCCUCUAGAAAGAGGCGCUCAAGGCUGGAACGCCGUGAGCCAGCGCCAGCUGAAAAUUCAGGAACUACAGUGCACAGAAUGGCUGAAACUGACUGUUUGCUAGCUCGUUCAGCAUAUAUUGUAUCCUUGUGCGUUUACUGGCGUGUACGCUGUCCACGUGCCGCUGCGGUGCUUUCGCUGGCUCAGGUCUGUCGUGGGAGCCCAACUGAGCCGGGAUAUGGAGUUAUCUCCCCUCCAAUAGAGGCUCCCUCUGUACCGCCUGAUGCUUCUGCUGAGACUAAGCAGUUAAGCCCGCGUGCAGCCCCAGGCGAGGCUGCAGUCGUUUGUGGCCCUACUGAGCAUUCAAAGCCGAAGGAACAACCACAAGUUGUGUAUAUAGAUCAUCAUCCAGAACCAUUUGUGAAGCUUUACUUUGGAGACGACGGUGCUGAGGAAAUCCCGGAAGACUGGAGAGGGUCUCCGUGGUGUGGUUUGCCUGUUGUAGGAUCUGCUGUUGGGGUGGUGGUCACCGGCGGUGCAGUUGUUGUUGGCACUGCUUUGCUGACUGCCGGACUGACAGUGGGAAUCACAGCACAGGAGCUCUACAAGAGGAUCACCAACAACUACAACAUAUAA